UAUUCUUUUUCUAUAUUCUUGUCCUUGGGCCCAUUAAGUGUUACAUGCUCCAUUUUUAUUAUUUUUUCAUUUAACAUCGCUUAUUGUCUUGCACGCAUGUUGCUUGACCUGAUCACUCUUUUCUGUGCUACUCAUUCUAUUCUGGAACAUAGGGUCUUAUCUGAUCCACAGGAACGUGCUUGGUAUGACAGUCAUCGGGCACAAAUUCUGCAAACGGAUUAUGAGGAGGAGCGUGUAGACGUGUUCCCGUUCUUCGCAAGAUCAUGCUUUGAUCGAUUUGAUGACGGGAAGAAAGGGUUUUACACAGUCUAUCGGAAGGUGUUCAAUAAUGAGAAAUCCAACCAAAACGGGCGUUCUUCUCGUGAAUAUCCCUCAUUUGGUCAAUCGGACAGUCUCUACACUGACGUAGUUGCCUCAUUUUAUCAGUUCUGGGAGGCUUUUCGUACACAUAAGAACUACACUUGGGUAGAGAAAUACGAUAUCCGAUUUUCUUUUAAUACUAAUAAAUUGCAUCCAAACCUAAUUUUCAUUUCCACCCCCAUCAAGGAACGCCGAGCAAUGGAACAAGAAAAUAAGCGCCUCCGGAACGCCGCUCGCCGUAAACGGAACGAAGAGGUUCGCCAAUUGGUUGCUUUUGUGAAGAAGCGAGACAAACGCGUCGCCGCGGAACGAGAACGAAUUCAGCAAGUAGCCCAGGAAGCGCAGGCUCGAACUCAAAAGUUGGCCAGAGAAGCCAGACAACGUUGCACCAGGAUCAACCAACAGUUGUCUGCAGGAUAUUGCAUCAAAUGUUUACCUAUAUCUCACAUUGUUUAUAGUGUUCUGUACAACCGAGUUGUUUCCCUCCUAGCUUAG